AUGCUCCUUUCAACUCAAUUCCACACACAUCCUUGUCGUUCGCUCGUCUAUGGUAUCUUCAAGCAUUUAACAGCUCGAAAUUUAUCUACAAAUGCGGCUGCUGAAGUAACACCCGUAGCUACAGUGCAAAAGAAAGAGGAAACAACGUGGCACACGCUGGUGGUCGGCGAGAUUGUGAACUUUUGUACGCACCCUCACGCAGAUCGUCUGAAAAUCUGCAAUGUCAACGUUGGCGACAAAAACAACUUACUGCCGAUUAUUUGCGGUGCCUCGAAUGUCCGUCAAGGCGCUUUAGUUCCCGUGGCUAAAGUCGGAACCCGAUUAGCCAUUAAGGGUCCCUCUGGUCAGCUGAAGAAUGUCAAAAUCAAAAAGUCGAAGUUGCGUGGGGAAUUCUCGCUCGGCAUGAUAUGUUCGAAGGCAGAGCUUGGAUUAGCAGACGAGAGCGAUGGGAUUCUUAUUCUCGAAUCCGAUGCUAAAGUAGCCAUUAAUUCCGACCGAAGGUCUCAAUUCCUUGUGCAACGUAGCAGCCGUCGAAGCUCCGUUUAG